GCAAUAGUUCCGCUCUUAACACCCGCACCAGAGACAAAGGAAGAGAAGACAGCUCAGAGGAAAGCAAUAGGGGGAUGAACGAAGAGCAAAAGAGCGAGAGAGAGAGAGCCAAGGAGCUAAAGCAGCAGCUUUGAUUGCACUAAGCUUUGCCUCUAUUAUUGACUGUCGCUAGUUCUUUGUUUUCCUCUUCAUUCUCUCUCCUCUACACCACCAGUCCCCCGUUUCUUUAUAUCCAGAGGCGAUGCAAGUAGGUGUUUCCACGUCCUGCUGUGCUUUGGAAUAUCUUAUCACAUGGAUUCCUGUUUGGUAUUGGUCCUUAAAGAGCGUUUGCACGGCACCAAAACUGGUUGGAUUCUAUUGUUUACAUGAGGAAUUGUGAUUUUUUUUUUAGUAGAUGUUUAUGGUAUUUUUAUUGCUUUUUUAUUAAUUGUGGAUUUGUAAAAUCUGUCGUUUGGAAAUGACAACAAAUGUAUAUUCGGAGUACACACAGGACUCGCUAAUAACCAGGAGUUAGGUUAGAAAUAGACUGUGAUAUUCCAUGCAGAAACACAGGAAGGUGGCCGUGUUGUUUACUCUGUAAGGGAGAUUAAGUUCAUCUGGGGCCAUGAAGAAAAUUUGGUCAAAGAAAAGAUUCCAGAGAGCUGGACAUUCUAGCUGGACGUUUGGGAGAUUCACUCAUGUGAAGUUUUUCGCUUGUGCAGAAAGCAAAGCAAUGACUCUGACAACACCGAGGAUGAAAGUGGGGAACCUCAGGUCUCCAUGGAAACAAAGAAACAGUCCGUAUCUCCCCGAGGGCAAGCAGUUGACAGUCAACCCACAAGCAGUGGAGGGACAAUGGUUUCCCAUAUCCCAUGUCACGGUCUAGUUGUGGAGAGGGAGAUGCGCAUACUGGGCUGCAGAGCUCCUGGUCUUCAGGAUCCCCUGCCCCCUGUCAGGCCAGCAAAUGCUGGGGCCCAAUUGGACUUUAUAACAAGGAAAGCUUCGCCAUUUGUUCAAACCCAUCCAUUCCAAAAAGAUCAAAGUCAUGUAGAUCUAACUACAGAUCCAACAACUGCCCACAAUGGCACCAAAACUGCAGUAAACGGAGCUGAGCACUCUGUUAAAACCACAUUACCCUUAAAAUCCUCUCCUUCAUCCCAAAGUGGUGGUUCUCAAGAUGCCUCCUCCCCUCAAACUCCAAAACCGUCACGGGCAAGUUCCAAAAUUUUUGACAAAGUGCGAGCUUUUGAGGAAAAAAGACACAGCAUUGACAUACCAAAAGUGUCUUCAAGACGCCCGUGGGGUUUCAAUCGGGCAUUGUCGUGUGAUUCUGAGGAUGCAGGGAGUAAAGCAGGGAGGCCAAAAGACAACUCCGACAGUGAUGUAGCACUCAAGAGAACUUUAUUCAAGCAGAAAGCAUCCUCUUUUGAGGAACGGUCGAGCUAUGUACAAAAAGUCCAGAACUUUCAGUGUAAAUUUUCAGAAGAGCUGUCCAGAAUAAAGAAACUGGUUGGAAAGACCAACAUCAAAAAAGCAUUUUCAAUGGAGCAGCUCUCCCAGGCUGACAAGCAGUCUACUGGAACCCCUGAGGCAGUUCCAGCCCAGGCGAGUCAAAAGUUUGAAGACACCAGAGAGAAUAAAGACAUAAAUUCAAGCGAUUUAGCAAAAACUGAAGUGUCAUCUUUGCAAAACAAGGAAUUGUCACAACAACAGGAACAGGAGUCAAAGAAACCGGGAAGGAACGAGAGGGGGAAAAGUUCCAAGUCCAGGCAGUUGUUAGAUGGUGCAGUCAUCAGUGAAGGAGUCACUUUCAACAAAAUUCCUGGACGGUGUUCACCAAGGAAGCCAAAGAAAAAUGCUUCAAGCGCAUUACCAGAAACACCAGUAGAAAACUCAGCUGCCCAGUUAGUGCCCCAAGAGAGUUUGGUGCAAUCACCCCUAAAACCUCCAAGGCUGUUUGGUUCAUCCUCCACUCUCCCAAAGUCAAUUAAGGAGAGAGAUGAGAAAAAAGACUCAUCCUCUGUACCUAAAGUGACCAUACCGACUAUUGUGGUUGAACAUAAGCCUGUGGAGGUAGACAAAACAGAAAGUGACCAAAAGAAAGCUAACUUUGAGGAUAAAGUUGAAGGAAGGACAAAAUAUAGAAGGAACAGAAGAAAAAUCCAUUCCAGUCACUCAGUACCCAUUGAAAAAGGGGAUUCUUCAGAUGAUUCUUACAAUUCUGCAGAGGAAGACCCAUCAGAGGCCCCUGUGUUUAAGCUUCCUCUUAAAGAUGUUGUAGCAGCUGUUGGAUCAGAGGUGAUACUACAGUGCGUCAUCAGUGGAAACCCUAUCCCCGAAGUUACAUGGAGAAAGGGGAACACAGGAGAGAUAAAGGACAGUACAAAUCAUACGGGGACAGCGGAAAGGGGGCAACAUUCUCUCAGGAUUACGCAGAUGAAACCUAGUGAUGCCGGGAGUUACACCAUCAUGGCAACCAAUACAAUGGGGCAGGCAUCCAGCACAGCCACGCUCUUUAUCAAGUCAGACCCAGUACACGUGCGUGGGAAAUUGAGUUUGCCUACGGGGUCCGACACUUGUAUAAGUCCGACACCCUCCGAUGAGGAGUUUCUGAGGCCCGUGGAGGAGGAGAUGAAGUUUGGAGUGAAUCGAAUUCUACCUAGCAGGACUGACAAGUCUCCUUUUAAAGAACCUCCAUCAUUUAAGAUUGCUCUUACCGACCAAGUUGUGACUGAAGGAUGUGAUAUCAUAUUGUGCGUUCAAGUGUCUGGGCAGCCUAAACCAGUUGUCCAAUGGUUUAGAGACAGAGUGCCAGUCAAAGCAGAUGGCCAACAGAUGGUCUGUGAAAUGGAUGAUGGGAAAUGUGAGGUGAAAAUUAAAUCCGCACAGAAGUCAGAUGCUGGAGUUUAUUCAUGCAAGAUAAGCAACGAAUAUGGCAGUGAACAGAUUAAAUGCAGACUGGAGGUGAAAGACGCCCCUGCUGAACCAUGCCUGACAAUUACCAGGCCAGUGCAGGAUGUCAGGGUCAAGGCAGGAGAGAUAGCCUUGUUUGAGUGUUACAUGGCUGGGCCACAGGAUGUGGAUGUUGAUUGGCUGGCUAAUGGGAAGAUGAUACAGCCAGCACUAUUUGACUGUAAGAUGCAGUUUAAUGGACACCGAUGUCGUCUGCUACUUAAAUCUGUGCAUGAAGAUGACACUGGAACCUACACCUGCAAACUUAGUUCAGCAAAAGAGGAGCUAAUGUGCACUGCUAAUCUUCUGGUGAUCCCAUCUAAGGAGCCACUGUUCACAUGGAAACUACAAGUACUGGAGGUCAUUGAGGGUCGGUCUGCACGAUUUGAUUGCAAAGUUAGCGGAACUCCCUCUCCUAAAGUUACCUGGACACAUUGUGAACAACCUGUGGUGGAGACUGAUAAUAUUCGCAUUCUCAAAGAGAAGGGACGACACUCACUGGUCAUCACUCAUGUUACCCAGGAGAACGGGGGGUAUUACACAGCUAUUGCUCGGAAUAUUCAUGGAAAAGCAGAGAGCUCGGCUGAACUCUUAGUACAGGAAUCACGGCCGGCCAUAUCUACACAUAUGUCAAGAUUAGAAAAGAUGCCAUCAAUCCCUGAGGAGCCUGAAGCGUUUGAGGGUGAGGUGGAAUGCAGGGUGAUGCCAGACUUUAUAAAGCCACUCGGUGACCAGGAGGUCAUUGAAGGGAAAGAGGCGGUACUUAAGUGCAGAGUUACAGGCCUACCAUACCCCACCAUCACCUGGUACCAUAACAGCAAGAAGAUAGAGAGCACUGAAGACAGGAAAAUGACACAGUACAGGGAUGUCCACAGUCUGGUUAUUCGCUCUGUGUGUCAUGGCCACAGUGGUGUGUAUAAAUGUGUCAUUUCCAAUAAAGUGGGCAAAGCUGCCUGCUAUGCUCAUUUAUACGUAGCAGACAUCCUCCCUGAACCACCAGAUGGUCCUCCGGUAAUUGAAUCUGUAACUGGGAGAACAGUCUCACUGAGCUGGAAAAGACCAAAAAACCUAGACUCAUCUAUCGAUUCUGAUUCCCUCAAGUACGCUGUUCAACAACAAACUCUGGGUUCCAUUCAAUGGAUGACCGUUGCCUCGAGUCUAAGAGACACCUCUUACACGGUCACUUCACUUAAAAAAGGAGUGCGUUAUUCUUUCAGGAUCCUCAGUACCGCUGGAAAGGCAUUCAGCAAACCCUCACAGCCUACUGACCUGGUUCAGCUUAUUGACAAAGGACAGUAUUUAUGCAAAGCUCCAAUCAUCUUGGACAAGCCCGACACUGCCUAUGUAGUUGAGAACCAGCCUGUCACCAUCACAGUUACCCUCAACCAUGUCCAAGCAACACCCACAUGGAAAAGGAGGGGAGUGGCACUGAUCAACAGACCCGGUGUAUUAGAGAUGACCAUGCCUGAUGAUGACCAGCAUGCCCUUCAUAUUGCCAAAGUAAAGAGCACAGAUGUAGGCCAACUCAUAUACAUGGCAAAUAAUCAGUAUGGCAGUGAUCUUUGUACUCUACAGCUGGUAAUGGCAGUGCCCCCUGUGUUUGAGAUCAUCAUGGAGGACUUGGAUGUGUGUUUGGGGGAAACAGCUCAUUUCGUUGUAAUUGUAGAUGGCCAACCUGAGCCUGAUAUCCUAUGGUAUAAGGACAGUACUCUUCUUGCAGAGAGUAGCCAUUAUACCUUUGUGUAUGAUGACAGAGAGAGCUCCCUGGUGAUUCACAAUGCUCAGCUUGAGGAUUUAGGGGUUUACACUUGCACUGCUGAGAACUUGGCUGGGUCAGUGUCCUGCAAGGCUGAACUUACUGUCCACACUGGCGAAAAUGUGGAAGAAGAUGAAGAGCCAAUAGAAGAUAAAGGCACAAUUCUACGGAGGAUGCGAAGGCUGACUGAUUACUAUGGCAUACACAAAGAGAUUGGCAGGGGGGCUUUUUCUUUUGUCAAGAAAGUGACACAGAAGAAAGACAAAGUGGAUUAUGCAGCGAAGUUCAUCUCUGCACGAAUAAAAAGAAAGAGUUCCGCCCUAAGAGAGAUGGCCCUUCUGUCAGAGUUAGACCAUGAGAAGAUUGUCCACUACCACGAUGCAUUCGAAAAGAAGCAUGUAUUAGUCAUCAUUACUGAACUAUGUCAUGAACAACUUUUGGAAAGAAUAACUAAAAGAGUAACUAUUAUGGAAUCUGAGAUUCAGUCUAUCAUACAGCAGCUUCUUAAGGGUAUCAGCUAUCUUCACCAAAAUAACAUAAUUCACCUGGAUAUAAAGCCUGAAAACAUCCUCAUGGCCGACCGAAGAAGUGACGACAUUCGUAUUUGUGAUUUUGGCAAUGCCGUGAAAAUCACACCAAAUGAAGAACUGUACUGCAAAUUUGGCACACCGGAAUUUAUUGCACCUGAGAUUGUAAACCAAUCACCCAUUUCGAAAUCUACAGACAUUUGGCCAGUAGGGGUAAUAACUUAUUUAUGCUUAACUGGAGUUUCUCCAUUUGCUGGGGAAAAUGACCGUGACACUCUGCUGAACAUCAGGAACUAUAAUAUUGCAUUUGAGGAGAGCAUGUUCAAAGACCUUUGCAGAGAAGCAAAAGGAUUUAUUAUAAAACUCCUUGUAGCAGGCAGACUGAGACCUGACACCACAGGAUGUCUUCGUCACUCCUGGUUCAAAGCCCUGACAACUGGAAAGAACAUCAAUACAACAUUACAUAAACAAGUGUUAGCCAGACGGAAAUGGCAGUGUUCACUUAUCAGAUAUAAGUCCAAAAUGGUGAUGAGGUCCAUUCCAGAACUACUGGAUGACUCCUCAAGCCACGUGUCCCUUGCUGUCCCUAGAAACCUUAAAGAGGGCUCGUCACCUCCAUCAUCGUCUUCUGAUGAGGACAUUGAUGAGCUUCCUUUCAUCCCUAUGCCGCUGACAAUGAUGUUCUCUGGUUCCCGGAUGUCUCUGACUGAGAUCCAUGAGGAUGAUGAUAAUGUUAGUGGAGGAUCCCAGUUGGAGAACAUAGAGGGCCAGUCAUCCGAUGGACAUAAGGAUGAACGCCAACUGCAGAUUUCAGAGAGUGCUGACAACUCGAUGGAAUUCCAGCAAAAGGGUUCUAGUGUAGAAGAUCAACAGGUAACAGGCAAGUCCAGAAGAGCGAUGAUGCGAAGAGGAAGUUCUGCCGACAGCGCGCUUCUUCUGCACAUCACACCAGAAUAUGAUGAUUUAAAGGAAACCAUGGAGGACAACCAAAAGAACAUGAAAAAGGCUGUUUCCAUGGAGCUUCCAAACAGAAGCAACAGUCCAAAGACAAGCAAGCUAAGCAAGGAAGAUUAUGCCUUGAAACUAGAGCUUAUGAGGCAGAGGCUACUAAGGGGAGGUUCUGUCGACAAGAACAUGAGUGGUCUUCGUGGCCCCCUGCUGGAGACAUUGGGUGUUAAUGAUGGGGCCAACUCUUUGGAUCAAAACUUGAGACGUGCCAGGUCGAGUGCUUCAGGACUUUCUCGAGCAUCCUCCACUGACAGCGAGGAACUUUGUUCGAAGAUGACUGCAUUCAAGAAGAGUGCUUCUUUUAGUUAUGAAGACACAGACAAGAUUUCAUUGCACAGGAGAUCUGGAGCUCCGUUAGAGAUUCCUUUCAUUCCUGCUGAUGAUCGCAAUAAACAGAAUGACAUGUCUGCAGUCACAGAUCAAAUCGUGGCUGACCUGCUGCCUGACGUUAAACCUGCAACUUCUGAAGUAGAUGACAAACCUAUGAUUGAGGAAAAGGCUAUUAUAGAUAUCCAAAGUAUCACCUCUUUUCACGAUGUACCUAGAUCAGAUGAAACUGAGAAAAUGAAGGAACACACAUUCUCUCAAGACAACCUAUCAGUGGAGAAUAAUGAAGGUAUUGAAUCACCACUUGAUAUACUACCACAUGACAAAGAAUCAAACUUUUCUAAUACAAUGCAGGUAAAUAAUAGCAAGGAUGUCAAAGCGCCACCCACCCAACUUACCACAGAACAUCCAGCUGUUUUUGCAAAAGUGGCAUCUACCUCCUCUAUAUCCCAACCAACUCUUAGAACCGAUAUCAAAAAUAUUGAUUCGGAGGAAGUAUUCGAGGCAAGGUUUAAAAAGAGAGAAUCAUCUUUGACACGUGGCCUAAAACGACUGACAAGGACCAAGUCUGAAGAAAAGUCACCAGUUUUCCCUCGAAAGCCAGCUGAAGACGUUUAUCGGCGUGGUCCUAUAGGUGCGCCAUUGGAAUUGGUGCCUAGAGGACUACAGCAUAAGUCCAAGUCUGUCCAAGACCUCAGAGAGGUGGAAAGAGAGUCCGGGUUCGGAAUUAUCGGAAGGUUUUCUAUGCAUUCAAGGAAAUCACAAACAAGCGAUAAAAAAGAGGAGUCCUCAGAUUCUGCAGCUUCUAAGCGUCGAGUGACUUGGGCCUUGGGUCGUAGCAAGUCCCUAGAUAAAAAAGUUACCACAGAAAGCACCGAAGACACAAACAAAGAACUUUCAGGAAGUCUUAAAAAGGAUAGUAGUAAGGUUGCUGCUGAGUCACCUGUCCUUGCAAUGAGACGUAAGUUUGAAUCUAGGAUUUCUGAAAGAGUGCAUAAGACAAAAGAUAGAAAAGAAUCAAAGGAAACGAAACCCAAUGCUGAAUCUGUCGAAACACAUAAAGAGGAGAACCAAGACGUCAUAAAAAUCAACGAUUCACCAGUUCUGACAAUGCAGAGAAAGAUAGAGUCAAAGGUACAUGGGUUUUCAUUAAGAAAACGAAGUCAGUCUGAAGACAGGGCUGGAGAGAAGGAGACCAAAAAUGAAGGAACGAAAACACCAUUGUUCUCCCGUCAUCGCCACACUCAGUCAGAUGGACUCAUUCACAAGAACGUUGACAUUCCAGAGAACCAGCUUGCCUCACAAACUGCUGCUACAAAGGCAACAAAGUCCAAAGAAUCAUUGGAAUCUUUACAAUCCUCUCAGACUCCUGAAAGUGAGCGCAGGUCUAGAUGGGACAGGUGGGGUUUGUCUCGAAGUAAGCGAGACAGAUCCAAAGCAAAUACUCCUUCAACUGCAAAAGAAGAUUUCCCUCCGGUUUUCCAUAUCAGACUUAAGGACCAUGUUCUUCUUGAAGAAGAUCCUGUCACACUUUGUUGUCUUCCUGCUGGAAGCCCUGAGCCAAAAAUAGUGUGGAUAAAAGAUAAGAAACCUUUGGAGAUUUGUAACAGGAUUAGCUUAAUUGCCUGCCCUGAUGGAAGACAACUCCUGAUGAUCAUGAAGAUUUCUAAGACGGAUGCUGGACUCUAUGAAUGUUUAGCCACCAAUAACCUGGGCUCUACAUUUACUUCAUGCGCUCUAUCUUUUGCCUGUGUGCCAAAACGCCCAGGAACCCCGGAGAUUCCACAGAUAUACAAUAAUACUGCUCUUGUGCUAUGGAAACCAUCAGACACCAAAGCCCCUUGUACAUACACCCUUGAGAGGAAAUCUGAGGGUGAUGCUAAAUGGUUGAUUGUAGCAACAGGGCUGACUGAUUGUUUCUACAAUACCACCGAUUUUCCCUCUGGUUCUAUCAUUCGAUUCCGUGUGGCGUGUGUUAAUAAAGCUGGUCAAGGCCCAUACAGUAACAUAUCAGAGCCAGUGGGAAUUGACAUCGAAGUGGCACAACCAUCUCAGCCUCCCACAGGGAUGACACCUACCUCUGCUUCCUGCCCUGUUGUCACAUCCACCGUGACUCCUUCCUCUAUCGCUUCUCCUACCUCUGUAGGCCUGACCUUAAAAACAAAACCAGCCUUACCCCCUGCAACAUCUGAACCUAAUACUGCUAGCAUAUUUCCCACCUCAAAGGGAAUACAGUCUGAUAUCACACCCAAAGUCCCUGUUUCUUCCUUCAUCCCCCCAAAAUCCCUCUCUCCUCUUGUUUCCCCCAAACCAACAAGUCCUAUUAAUGUGGUUCCCCCUUUAACCCAAACGCAGACUGUGUCUCCAAGACCAUACACAGCUCCACCCUUAGUGGGCACUCCAUGUUCCCCUGUCCCUACAUUUGUUCCGCCCACAACAGCUUGGGUCACCCCCACCCCUGUCUCUCCACCUGUGGAUAUUAGUCCAGUAAGACAGAGGGCAAACUCACCCACAACUGAAACACCUGAAGGACGAGUGGCCCCCUCUACCAAAACUGAGAUCAGCUUGAAGCAAGCCGUACCUCAAAAACCAUACAUCUUUUUGGAUGAGAAAGCCAGGGGUCGGUUUGGAGUGAUAAGAGACUGCAGAGAAAACACAACAGGGAAGAUGUUCAUGGCUAAGAUAGUUCCUUAUGAUCAGGAGACCAAGCAUACCGUUGUCCGAGAGUAUGAGAUACUAAAGUCUCUCCACAGUGAGAGAAUCAUGACCCUACAUGAAGCUUAUGUCACACCUCGAUACCUUGUGCUCAUAACAGAGUCCUGCACAGGCAAAGAGAUCCUUUACAGCCUCACUGACAGGUUCCGUUAUUCUGAAGAUGAUAUAGUGGGCUUCAUCGUCCAGAUUCUUCAGGGCUUGGAAUACCUCCACAACCACCGUAUUCUUCAUUUAGACAUUAAACCAGACAACAUCAUGGUCACCAACCUCAGCGUGAUUAAGAUCAUAGACUUUGGCAGUGCCCAAAGCUUUAACCCUCUUUCUCUCCAAAAUUACAGCAGAGAUCUUGGGACUCUGGAGUAUAUGGCUCCAGAAAUGCUGAAAGGAGAUGUAGUCGGAACCCCAGCAGAAAUCUGGAGCUUGGGAAUUCUCUCCUACAUCAUGCUGAGUGGAAGACUUCCUUACCACGAGAAAGACCAGAGACAGACUGAAGCCAAAAUCCAUGCAGCAAAAUUUGACUCAACGAAGCUCUACCCAAAUGUGUCCCAAAGUGCCUCUACGUUCCUGAAGAAGACACUAAAUGGAUAUCCAUGGUCCCGACCAACCAUUAAGGACUGCUUAAAUCACGCAUGGCUUCAGGACUCAUAUCUGGUGAAGCUGCGUCGUCAGACCUUGACUUUCACUACCACACGCCUCAAGGAAUUCCUGGGCGAUCACCAGCGCAGACGUGCAGAGGCAGCUACACAACACAAGGUUCUCCUGAGAGCCUACCAAAGUGGGCCUCCAUCUCCAGCCUCGCCUACCAUGCCAAGCUCACCAAGCACACCUGUCAGUCCAUAAAACAUGGUCUUGACCAGCAUCCUGCAUGAUGCCUGAAAUACAGUGUAAGUUAAGAACAAAGAUGCUGGCUGGGAACUGAAUGUUGGGUAUGGUCUUGGACCAUAUCACAAAACACUAUUUUAGUGUUGUUGAUAUGUUUAUGUACCUGUUGUUUCAAGGUGAUGACAUAUUGCAUGAAGAGCAAUACUGUUUUAUUUCAAUGAAUGUUUCAGAUUGUGUAUCUUGUUGUUUAUACGACAUGUUAGUUUGCUACUGCAUUUGUUUGCAUUUGUAUAAAUUAUAUAUUUUAACAAACUUGAAUACAUAAGAACUAUGAAGACAUUUUAAGAACUAGUAAGGACUGUCUAUGAUGCUGAAUAGUUUUUUCCUAAUUUAUUAAACAGUUUUUUCUAGAGAUUUCUUACAGUGCACUUGCAUCAUGUCUGCAGUGUUAAAUGCCUGAUUAGUGAAUGUAUUAAAUAUUUAGUGUAAGAAACGUGAUACGGUGUUAAGCUUCAUUCAGGUUUAGGUAAUGCUCUUGCAUACUAGGAUUCCAAGAGGUUUCUUAGUUUGUUGUCCCCUCUUUGUAAGUUCUUUUACUGCUGCUGUGUAAAUCUCAUUUUGUUCUUUUGUAAUGAGUGGGUAUGGGUAAUGUGAUAAAAAUACAUUUAUAAAUGUAUACUUGGAAGUAUUCUUUUAGCAGUUUAAAAUAAAACAGUAA